AUGGCAGCGAAAAGCGGUGGUAAUAUUGACUGGUCAUCAGUUAUAAAACCAAUUUUAGCUUCAUCUCAUGGCUCUUUCGACAAAAGUGAAGUUCUAGAACUAGUAAAAGCAAUAAUAAAGAGUGAAUCAGAAUUCGAAUCACACGAAGAUCAAUACGAAGCUUUUUAUACGUCUUUUGCAGUAUUAGCUGCCGAUUACAUCAGUGGCUGUGCUAGCACUCUAUCUAAAGGUCAAUUUGCAACAGUAUGUCAAGCCUGCAAAAUUUUAUUAACAUAUUUAGUCGGCAAACAACCCGGCGAUGGAUCAUCUACAAUUUUGACCAUGAAGCAAUUAUUAUUGUCCAUCAAAGCACUUUGUACUGGGCAAUCACUCCUUACAAAGACAGAAGAGGUUGUAUUAAUUGCUAUCAUGAAAAAUGCUAAUGUUCCAUCAUACGUAACCUGUCCAACUACAACCGGUGAAAAAGAUACUUCACCUCAACCCAUAAAAGAGCCAAAACGUGCACGAAGUGAUCUUUCUACAUCAAUUCUUGAACAAUUAACAAUGCCGUUACAAGAUUUUGUCCCUUCUUUUGCACUUACAUCUGGAACAUCAACAGAAAAUAAUAAAAACGUCAGUACAUCAACUGGAAGUGAUACAAAUAAUGAAGUUAAGAUGAUGUUUAUUACUAAUAAUAUAAACAUACUCCAAAACAUGGGAGCUGGUGAUACUUUACUUGAAAUGUGCUGUAAUUUACCACAUUUAUCACGAUACAUGCGCAAAUAUCAAGCUUAUAUGGGUAAAAAAGGUCUUAGUUUACCAGGCAAUCAUGCUGAAGCUCAUAUAAUCAGACAUAGUCUUCAUUCAGUUGUAAAUGAUAUAAAUAUUGUACAUACUGUAGUAUCUUUGCCAGUUUUGGAACCAUUAACAUCUACAAAACUGAAAAAACUAUCAUUACUGACAAUGUCUUGCUUAUACUGUUCAAUCGCGAAUGCAACUGCUUCAAGUAUUGUUGGAGUAUCUAAUGUCGUAUCACCAAAAUGCAGUACAAAUAACGCUUCAAGUACUCCUAAUAAUCAAAAUACAACAAAGUCUGAAGAUGACUAUGAUUCUUUAGCAAUUACAGUAGUAGAAAAAAGUUUAGAAAUUUUUGGAUUAGUAUCAGAUAUUAUCAAAAAGAGUACUCGAGCAGGAGGACACAUUUUACAGAAUCAUUUGUUAAUUGGUGUUUGGCUUUUGGUGGCCGGAUUUCAAGUUCAGCUAACAGUUAGUAGCUUCAGUAGUACGACUGAUAAAAGCAAAGAAGAAAAAGGAAAAUCUCCAAGUAAAGCAAGAGAUGGAACGUCAAGAAUAAAUUUAAUGAAAUUACAACAAGGAUUUGGCGUAUUGUCAGUGGCACUUGCAUCGCAUGCAUUAACGUUAAUGAGUGCAUUACUUGAAGAUGCUUCAGUAGAAACUAUUGAAAACCAAGUUCCAUUAGAGCCUGCUCCUCUUGACAUCUUAGCAACAUCAACAGCCCUUCAACGAGCAAUGACUUUUCUUCAAGAAGCUCCAUUAAAUCAUUUAUUGUUUUAUCUGGCCACAAUUAGUUAUCGAAAAGCUUGUACAUUAAAGAGAGUACAAAAACAUCCACAAGAAGGUGACACAUUGAGUCAAUCAGAUUCUACAACUUACUACGAAGAUCUUCUAAGUUUUUCUGAAAGUUCAACAGAUGAAGAACAAACUGUUAUGUCGGUAGAGGAGGACAGUGAGCCUAUCUUGGGUCUGUGGUUUGAGGAGACUUUAUCUCCUUCGGAAGGAUCACCAACAAAUACAACCAAAGAAACUAAUAACGAACCCAGUGCAGAACGUGUGACAACAACUAUUGUUCCUGAUAAUCGCGAACCUCAUGGAUAUAUUUCCUUGGCAACACAAAUAUUCCAAUUUAUGAAUAAACACUUAAUUGGAAGCCGCAUAUCUUAUAUCCGAGGAUAUGUCAUCAAUGGUUUAGUCGAACAACAAAUGGUUAUUUUAGCAGCAAUUAUCCGAGACUUAGAUCAUGAAACUGCUAGAACAGAAACAGGAACGAUUUCUGUUUUCUACGGAGCAACGUUGGGAGCUAUGUAUUCUGAAUUUUCUCAGGCUUUAAGUCGAUACACCCACAAUUUAUUGGCACGUAAUACACUAAGUGAAUCAUUACAGAAUACUUUACUCCAACAUUUAGGAGUAAGUCCGUGGACAACAGAAGGAGGAUCUUCAUCUUCAUGGCCAUUACAAGUUUAUCCAAGAACACUUAGUGUUUUAGCCCAAAUUUUGCUACUUAAACCACAAUUAGAAAAAGAAGCUGCAUGUAUCAGUAUAUGGCAACGGUUGAUUACAACUAUGGUAGAAAAUGUAUGUAAUCCUCCUGUCACGUUUGAACCAGAAAAUGAAGAUCUAAACGUAGAACAUGCGCAACUGUUGUUAUUUUUGUUCCACUCACUCAAUUUGAUGCAAAAGAAAUCAGUAUUAUUAGUGACAGGCAGUGGAGCUGUUCGAUGUAGUGAAGCUGUUAAAGCUCCUAUGAAAGAUUCUCAGAUAUUACAUCUUUCCCGACUAUUAUUGCUGUUAGAGUAUAUGAUGAGACAUUUGUAUGAUGCUCCGCCAACAUUGCUUGAACAGGUACAAUGGAAUCUUCUUUCUGCAACAAGUUUAGUUUUGGAUUCCAAGGAUGGUAAUAAACAAGCAUCAAGAAUCUAUACUCCAUGGAAAGAAAUCGAAGAUAAUUAUCCCAAGAGUGGUUCUCAAGAUGAAUUUACCAUGCGACCACGUUUUUACAAUUUAACUAAUGCUGAUUUUAACAAUCAAGAUACACCAAAAUUAGAUGGACUGGCAUGUAAUUUCGUCUUAGGUACUCCGGAUAAAUUAAAAUAUCCGCUUCUAGUUGAUGCAUUGAUUGAUAUAUUAAACGUUAUCAACCAAACGAGCAUGCCACGCAAAUCUCACGAUGGAAAAGAUAAAAUAUCAAUGAUUGGAUUAUGCGGACUUCAAUGUUGUUUUUCUAUUUGCUGGAGAAUUCUAUUAAAUCUUCCACCAUCAACUCCAUAUAUGGAUAAACUAGCACUUGGCGAAGAAAUUCCAGCAGGGCCAAUGUUAUUAUACUCAUUAAUUUGGGGUCCUCGAGCUGCUUAUAAAACUUUUACUGGAUGGAUGAAAGAUUGUCUUGUAAAACAAGGAAUGUACACUCAAUAUGCUGAAAAUCUAUUAAAAACUGUUUCGUCAACAGUAAACUCUCUCAAGUAUGAUGUUACUUUGGCUAAAAAUUGCAUAAAAAUUCUUAAACCCGAACUUAAUCCAUCAGAUAAAAUAAUGCCGAAGUCUACUUUACCUAAACUUAGUUCCUUAACGAUCUUGGCAGCAGUAAUUGGAAAAUUACAAGUUUUAAUGGAUGAGAGUAUUUCGAAAACACCCACAGAUAAUAUCGAAACUAGUAAAAGUCUACAAUCAACUGAAUCUUCACCAUCAAAUACAAACAAGAUGAUUAUAGACAUUCUUCCGCAUGUACUAUCUCUGACCGAAGCAAUUUUAGCUUCCUGCCAAUCUAGUGUACUUUAUCAAAUGCAUGAAUCUUCAGAACCAGCUGGAAAAUAUACUUUACGCGAUUAUCUAAUCUUAGAUGGCAUCAUACGUGUUGCUGGUGCUCCUUGGGCUACAGAAGCUUCUUUGAUAAGUUUAUUACCAAGCAAUAUUCGAUCAGUAUUGGAUAAAUGGAAAGCUAUAAAUGUAUCUCACAUUCCAUGGAAUACGUAUGCUAACGAUAUAAUACCUGCUGAAAGUUAUAUACUAGCUACUGUGAAUCAUCACAUUAGUACUUUAUCUGAAUAUGGUUCUUUUACUAUAAAUCCAUCAUUGAAAAAUUUAUUGCACUCAUUGGUAUCAUUUCUUCUUGAAUAUGUGACACCAGUAACUGCUCCAGAAAAUUCCGAAAUACGUAAUCAAGUGAUUGAUGUAUUAAUCCCACUUACUAUGGACGCCCGAACGGAACAUUUACAAGAAAUGGCUUCAAAAGCUUUAACUAAAUUAUUUGGAAAUGCAGAUAAUGAAACAAAACAGCUAAAAGAGCAUCUUUUUGUUCUCAAAUAUACUUAUAACGUAAUUUUAGAUUAUACGACAAAUAACGAAGAGUCGAUUAAUAUUUCUGUUGAUGAAAAAAUUUUAAAACAUUGUAUACAGUAUUGGGAACAGCUUCUUGAUAGUCCGAUUGGUUGCAAAGCUUUAGAUCAAUUAUUUGAACCGUCGUCUGAUAGAAAUUUAGUUUAUGUUUUAUUGUCAAUUGCAUCGCCACAAGCGUCACAACCAUUUAAUUCUCAUGUUCUCCACUUCUUUAACAAAUUAUUCAAAACUGCUGAAAAAACAACUGAUGGUUCACUUGAUCGUCUAUGUUGUUCAGUUUCUAAUUUAGCAAACGUUGAAAGUGGAAAACUUCAAAACUGGUUAAGACAUUUGAUUUUGGGAGCUGGAAGUAAUUCUACAAAUAUAUCUCCAGCAGAUAUUCCAACUUCGAAUACAGCUACAACCACAACAAAUACUGCUUCAGUUGAUCCAUCCACGUCUGUACUACUUGAAGCAGCUAUAAUCAAUGCAGAGGAGGCCGCAUUGUUAUUAAAUCCAGUACCUAAUUAUCAGCCAGCGAUAAGUACACACGAAGAUAAUCAGAUAAUGCAAGAGAAUAAUCAACUACUUCAAGCUUUGACAAAUUACAUCGUUAAGGCAAACAGUUCAUUGGGAGAUCAUGUUUCAGUAACGAUUCUUCAAGCCCUAAUUCCCUGGGGCUAUCAUAUGCUAUCAUCAUCAAUUGAAGGAGUUGGUUUUCCAGAAUUAAUGCAAGUUAUGUCAACAUUAGCCGAUGCUGGAGCUGAUAAAGGCCAUGUAUUACUAUUUAAAGCUGCCACUGAUUGGGUGGAAUUGUGUAAACAACAGUUGAUGAAUAAAGAUCCUGAAAUGCUCGAUAAACCAUUCGCCUACAUCGAAGCAGGCUGUUGUGUUUUGAACUAUAUUGCAGAUAUAGUCAGCGCAGUUUGUCCUACACAAUCAUUGACUCAAGAUCGAGCUAUUAGUCCACCCUGGGAGGGUUCUGCUCCAAUCAAUGACUUGAAUGACAGUGAUUGGCUCGAUGAACUAGUUCAUGAGGAUGAAGAUAGUGCAGCUGAAGAUUCUGAUGAAGAUAGUCUUUGUAAUAAACUUUGCACCUUUACAGUAACACAAAAAGAAUUUACUAAUCAACAUUGGUACCAUUGCCACACUUGUAGUAUGGUUGACGGAGCUGGAGUUUGUACAGUUUGUGCUAGAGUUUGUCAUAGAGGUCAUGAUGUAACAUAUGCUAAAUAUGGAAACUUUUUCUGUGAUUGUGGUUCAAAAGAUGAUGGAUCAUGUCAAGCAUUAACAAAAAGAAGUCCGCAAAGCUCAGAACAUCAAGCAGGCUCUAAUUCUACCUAUCAUAAUUCAAAUGGGAGUGAAAGUAGUGUUCCUAUGUCAAGUAGGUUAAGAAGACGAGCGACAAGUCCUGUUCAUUAUGAUGAAAAACUAGAACAAAGCGGAAGAGAUAAACAAAAACAUGUUGCUCUAGCUAAACAAUUAGAAGGCUCUAAAGAUUGGGUAUUAUCUCAAUUGUGGUCUAGUGGAUUAAUUUCUUCUCUAGUUGAGCUUACAAAGACUCUAUUACCUGCUGUGAAUUUAUCUUGUCAGAAAAAUUCUCCAGUUGGAUGUCAUACACGAGCUCAAGCAGCACUAAAACAAUUACAUACAUUAGAUAAAAAAUUCGAACACACUGAUCAACUAAUGUUAUCAACAUUGGGAUCCCAAGAAGGAGCUUUUGAAAAUGUGAGAAUGAAUUAUUCCGGAGAUCAAGGACAAACAAUUAGACAACUUUUAUCAGCUCAUAUGAUCAGACGAGUAGCAAUGUGUUGUUUAUCUUCACCUCAUGGUAAGCGUCAACAUCUUGCAGUUUCCCAUGAAAAAGGAAAAAUAACUGUACUCCAAUUGAGUGCAUUAUUAAAACAGGCAGACUCUUCAAAACGAAAGUUGACCUUAACAAGAUUAGCGUCCGCACCGAUACCUUUCACAGUCUUAUCAAUUACUGGUAAUCCAUGGAACGAGGACUUUUUAGCAGUUUGUGGAUUGAAAGAUUGUCACGUAUUAACUUUUAAUAGUUCGGGAACUGUUUCUGACCAUCUUGUCCUUCAUCCUCAACGUGAAUUAGGAAACUUUAUUAUUAAAGCCAUGUGGUUGCCUGGGUCUCAAACUCAAUUAGCUUUAGUUACGGCUGAUUUUGUAAAAAUAUAUGAUUUAGCAAAGGAUGCUCUUAGUCCUCAAUAUAAUUUCCUUGUGCCAAUUGGAAAAAUUAGAGACUGUACAUUUGUACAUACUGAAGAUGGAGUAUUUUAUCUUUUAUUAAUGUCAUCUGCAGGAUAUAUUUAUAGUCAGGCUAUGAAUGAAGAAAGCUCUGCCAAACAUGGACCUUUCUAUGUUACUAAUACUCUAGAUGUUUACCAUCCAGAAAUUAAAGAUUUUGGACAAGUCGGUGGAGGAGGAGUUUCUAUUUAUUAUUCACAUGCUUUACAAUUAUUAUUCUUCAGUUAUGCAUGUGGGAAAAGCUUUAUAGCACCAUUAAAGAGUUUGGAUUCUGACAUUACAACAGUAUUUAUGAUAAAUUUUCAAAGUAAUAAAACAAAUGGCAACAAAUCAAAUAACAAUCAACCUCAGCCACUUUGUCAAUGGAGUGAAGUUGCAAAUCACCCAGGAUUAGUUUGUUCUGUACUACAAACAAGCAAUAAUCCUGUAAUAUUGAUGAUAAAACCAGAUGUUGUAUUAAUACAAGAAAUAAAAGUCAUCCCUAAAGCAAAAAUAAUGGAUAUGGUUGCAAUAAGACACCCAAGUUCAAAUGCUGAACAUAGAACUACUCUUAUUCUUCUCUGUGAAGACGGCAGUUUGAGAAUUUAUAUGGCUUCAAUGGAGCAAACUGGAUUCUGGAUGUCUGCAAAUGUUCAACCUAUUGGACCGUUAUCAGUUAUAAAACAGACAAAGAAGAAGAAAGCUACUAAAGUUGGAAAACCGUCAGGCUCUGUUUCAUUUCCAAUAGACUUUUUUGAACAUUGCCAGUUGAUGAAUGAUGUUGAAUUUGGCGGAAACGAUUUACUUCAAAUCUAUAAUGUUGCUCAAAUAAAACAUCGGUUAAACACUACAGGAAUGUAUGUGGUGUCAACUAAAGCUAUCGGAUUUAAUGUUGAAGUUACGAAUAAUGAUCCUACUCUUGUAAUGACGGGAAUUCGAGUUCAACUAGGAAGUCAAGAUGUACAAAGAGCUCCGCUUUACGUUGAAGUAUUUGGCAGGAGUAUACGAACUUCUUGUACGCGCAGUCGAUGGUUUGAUAUUCCGUUAACAAGAGAAGAAAGUCUUCAAGCUGAUAAAAAAUUAACUAUUACCUUUGGACUUUCUCAAGACCCUGAUGUUAUCAUGGUUGAUUCAAUAAAAAUAUAUGGCAAGACUAAAGAUGCCUUUGGUUGGCCUGAAGAGCCAGAAGAAAAUCCAGCUGGAUCAACAACUUCAGCUCCGGUCGCUUCAGGUUCUGCCAUGAAUAAUGAAAAUGAAAAUGCGAUCGCGACGCCUGCACCUUUAACUUCAAUUGACAAGAUGGUCUCUAGUAUCCUUGAAGUCUUAGAAUCAUCAUUUACCUUAUCACCUAACGAUGAAGGAAAAUUACUUUUGAGAAAUACAGCAAUAGAUGUAGCAUCACGUCUUCUUACUUUACCCACACCGCCUUUAGUCCAGAUACAUACUACAGCUCUUCUCGCUGCAUUACAUAACUCCAAAGUAGCAUAUCAUGCUCACAAAGAUCAUGUUCUUCUUACACAUGUCUUGGAAUCUCUAGAAGCCAUGCGAUCUGUCAACGCUACAUUAAUGGAUGCUGAAAACUUUUAUAGAUUGAUACUUAUUGUACGGAGUAUUGCAAUUUCACGACCUCAAAAUUUAGCCAAAUUUGAAGUUGAUCGUAUCGCACAGUACAGCCAAUGUAAAGAUAAAGAUAGUCAACAACAUCUUGUAUUACAACUAAUGGAUAUAUUAUGGAUGCUUCAUGGAGCUUAUCCAAAGAAUCUAGCUUUAGCACCAGUGGUAGUACCUGGAUUAACGCAUACUGAAGCAACAACUUAUGCAAUGGUAGAGAUAAUUCACUCUUUAACACUAUGUGAUGUAGAAUGGAAUUCCGGUUUAGCUGCUAAAUUAUACCUCCAGUUGCUUGUAUCAGAAGAUAUUCCAAUUAGCUUUAGCGCCAAACAAGCAAUUAUCAGAGUACUCAGACCGCGGUUUAAACGAAGAAGAGUAUAUAUUCCAAGUCCUCCGCACUGUAGUACACCUGGAGCUGCUGCUGAAAUAGAAGAAAAACCAGAUAUAAUUUCCCAAGGAGUUCAAGAAAAUAGAGAACUUUCACACCAAUUAGAUGUUGAAGCAGUUGAGCCAAUGGUUCUUCUUGGAGCUGAUGUUAAUCCAGCUGUUGAAGGUGCACAAGCCCCAAAUCCGAUUGAAGCACUUCUUGGACCAGGAUUUCCACCACUUUUAGACCUUCCUGCGGAUGCUGAUGAUGAGGCUAUGGUAACAUUAGCAAUUGCUUUGAGCCUUCAAGAUGAAAAUGGAGCAGAUUUGCAAGCUUUACAACAAAAUUUCCAACAAGGAUUGAUUCAAGGUCUUCAAAGUCUAAGUGGAUCAGCUUUACAAAGUUUCCAAGCUCUUGCUGCUCAAGGAUUAGGUCAAGUUCAAGGAGUACCAGCACAGGAAGCUGGUCAUUAUUCCGAUACAACUACUUCAGCCGGUGGUUCUGAUGAUGAAGGAUCUACAGCAGCUACAGAUGGAAGUACUUUAAGAACAUCUCCUGCAGAACAGACUGGUAGUGGUGGUAGUAAAGGUAGUGAAAGUGGUGGAAGUGAAAGUGGCGGUAGUGCUGUUGAUAGCAUAACUGGUGAACAUAAUGUGUCCGGAAGAAGUUCAGCUUACGGUGAUAAUAAUGCAGAUCCUGUACCUCAAACUAGUACUAAAAAUCCAUCGAAAUCGGAAACAAGUUCUGUGAGUGCUCCUGCAACUAUGACUCCUGCUGAACAAGAAGAAAAUGGUGAACAAGAACAAGUAGAACCAGAUUUAGAAGUUUCUGGAGAAAAUGCAUCAAAACUUCACGCUGUGCGUCUUUCAUUAUUAGAGAAGUUUACCAAAUUCAUACCUCAAUUAAGCUAUGUCUCAGGAGUUCAUUCUAUUCCAUUCAUGCAAGUUCUAUUAAUGUUAACGUCAGAUUUAGACGGCCAAGAAGAGCGUGAUCGAACUUGCAUUGAAAAUUUACUUCAAGUUCUUGUCGAUGAAUUGAAUAUGGGUAAACCGGAUACAACAGAUGUUAGUAAACGUACUAAAAAACGUGAAGUUCAUUUAGUUAUCAUGCGUUUCUUAGGUGUGCUAAUGUCAAGAUCUAAAUGUUGCACUAAAACUCAGCCAGAAAAUUCCAACUUUGUUUCUCAAACAACAGCAGCUAUUCUUAGCAAAGCAGGAGUUAUUGAAUAUUGUUUAACAUUACUGAAAGCUCUUUUAGAGUAUUGGAAAUCAACCUCAACUGAAGAUAGUGGUACAGUUAUUGGAGGUCAAUUAUUGAAAGAACAUUUGACAACAUCUCCUCCUGAUAUGUCUCCUUUCUUUUUAAGACAAUAUGUUAAAGGUCAUGCUACUGAUGUUUUCGAACCAUAUCCUCAAUUAUUAACAGAAAUGGCCUUGAGACUUCCUUAUCAAGUUCAUAAAUAUGCAGAAAAUAAUACAAUACAUCCAUCAUUUGAACAACAAGCUUGGUAUUUCUAUCUUUGCGAAUAUAUGAUGCUUUACCAAACACCAUUUAUUAGACGUCAAGUUCGAAAGCUCUUGCAAUUUAUCUGUGGAAAUAAGGAAAAAUAUAGACAAUUACGAGACUUACAUGCUCUUGUUUCUCAUAUGCAAAGUGUUCAACAAUCAUGCAGUGCUGGAGGAUAUGAUCCAGCUGAUCCUUAUGUACUAUCAAUAAAUCUUCCUUAUGAUUCUUUGGUUGAACUUAUGGAACACCUAAAAUGUUGUGUAGAAGUUGCUACCAGUCGUACAGGAAACUGGCAACGAUUUUGUCUUAAACAAAAUACUAUAUUAUCAUACCUUUUUACAAUAUCUACUCUUCUUGAUGAAGGUGUCAGUUCUACGGUGCUUCAACUUCUACAAUGUGCAAUUUGUGCUAAUACUAAGCCAAAAGAUUCCAAACUUAAAGAAUCUAAAUCAACAUCAAAUUCUAAAGAACGUCGCGAUCGAGCUAAAUCAGAAGAUUCAGAUAUAGAAGCUAAGUUUGAAGAAACACAAUGUGUCAAUUUAGUUGAGCAACUGCAAAAACAAGUUUCUCCAGCUUUGCUAACUAAAUUCAUCAAAACAUUUUUAUUAGAGACCAAUAAUACAAAUGUACGGUGGCAAGCUCAUUCAUUAAUUCUUGCUAUCUAUAAAAAUAGUGGGCCAUCUGAUCAAGAAGCUUUAUUAGAUUUACUUUGGCAUCUGUGGCCACUUCUACCAGCUUAUGGAAGGAAAGCUGCUCAAUUUGUCGAUCUUCUUGGCUACUUUUCACUUAAAACUCCAGACGCUGAAAAGAAGAUGCAUUUGUACAUGGAACAAGCUGUAGCAGUUCUUCAUGCACAAAAUCAACUUUUAUCUCGUCAUCCUAGCGCUAAUUUGUAUACAGUACUUGCUCAAUUUGUUGAGCUUGAUGGUUAUUAUCUCGAAAGUGAGCCAUGUUUGGUUUGUAACAAUCCUGAAGUUCCAAUGGCGACAAUUAAACUUUCCUCAAUUAAAGUUGAUUCUAAAUUCACCACAACAACUCAAAUGGUGAAAUUAGUUUCCAGUCAUACCAUAAGCAGAAUAAUUCUACGCAUAGGUGAUCUGAAACGAACAAAAAUGGUGAGAACAAUAAAUGUAUUUUACAAUAAUAAAUCAGUUCAGGCUGUUGUAGAAUUGAAAAAUAAACCGGCAAUGUGGCAUAAAGCUAAAAAAGUUACUCUAGCACAAGGUCAAACUGAAGUUAAAAUGGAAUUCCCUCUACCAAUUGUUGCUUGUAAUUUAAUGAUUGAGUAUGCUGAUUUUUACGAAAAUAUUCAAGCAUCUUCAGAAACUCUCCAAUGCCCUAGGUGUUCUGCAAGCGUUCCUGCAAAUCCAGGAGUUUGUGCUAAUUGUGGUGAAAACGUUUUCCAGUGUCACAAGUGUCGAGCAAUUAAUUACGAUGAAAAAGAUCCUUUCCUCUGUCAUGCUUGUGGUUUCUGUAAAUAUGCUAAAUUUGAUUAUACAUUGACAGCUAGACCUUGCUGUGCUGUUGAUCCAAUUGAAAAUGAUGAAGACAGAAAAAAAACAGUAGCAACAAUUAAUACAUGGCUAGAAAAAGCAGACAGAAUUUAUAAAACUUUGACAUCUAACAAACCAACUUUAGAGAUGUUUUUGAUGAAAAUAGCAGAACAUAGAUCGGAUCGAGGAGUUGAGGAUACUAUUCAAGUAUCUGGAAAUAUCCAAGUGAAUCGCACAAUUCAAUUAUUAGCUCAACGGUACUGUGGUGACUGUAAAACAUCUUUUGAAGAAUUAAGCAAAAUAAUCCAGAAAGUCAUUGCUUGGCGAAGAGAACUAGUGGCUUAUGACAGAAAUCAUAGAGGAGUACAAGUACCAUUACCUAAUUUAACAACCGAAAAUGUUUCAAAGGAAGAAGUAGUUCCACGUACAGGGAGAUGUUAUGGAUGUGCAUCAGCAGCAACAGAACAUUGUCUUACUCUUCUUCGUGCUUUGGCAACGAAUAAUGCUGCAAAAGAAGUACUUUGCAGACAAGGACUUAUUCAAGAGCUUGUAGAACAUAAUUUACGACGAGGAACAGUUCAUACCCAAGAAGAAGUGAGGCAGCUGCUUUGUCUAGUGACACGAGAUAACAUUCAAUCAACUAAAGAACUUUGUUCGUUGCUAAUGAAUCGAAUAACCAUGACAUUAAAGGGUAGAGUUGCUACUUAUGAUUUAGCAAUGGCUUUAAGACACGAAAUGGCUUUACUUGCUGCUUUGGUACAAAAAGAAGAUUCUUGUUGGGAGCAAAAACUGCAAUGUGUUAUGCAACUAUUCCUGCUGGCUUGUAAAGAAUCAAAAAGUCCAGUGGUUAUGGAGAGUCUUAUUUUACCUUGUUUAAAAAUUCUUCAAGGUCUUAUCAAACCUGAUCAACCAGUAUCUAAGAAAAAUAAAGACAAAACAAUAGAAUCUUUAGCUACAAUUCAGCCUCCUGAAGAUAUUAGUAUUGAUAUAGCAAAAUGGCUUAAUGGAGAUUCUAAGCAUUCAUAUUCUGAAUGGGUACAUAGAAUGCCCGCUAAAAAAUCUACUCCCGCUUCACAUAAGUCUUUAAAAAAAGAUGAAGCGAGAAUAAUAUAUUUAAUGGAAAAGUAUGGUCAUCGAUGGUAUUAUCGUUGUACGCGUUUGAGAGGAAUUCAACCGCUUAAAUUUAUUGACGGUGCAUGGUUGAAAGAGGUUCUUUUUAAUCCCUCUUCAAGACUAGCUCGUCAAGUAGCUUGUAAUAUGGUGGAGAGUCUUUGUCAAGGUACGGAAAGAAAGAAGAAGAUUCUGAUUUUACUUACAACUUAUUUAGAAGAAUUGAGGACGGCUGGAGAAAGUAGUGCAGAAUUUUUAUCUUUAUUUCAAAGUCUCAUUCGUCAAUCACCUUGGAAACAGUUCUUAGCAGUACGAGGAGUAAUGACAACAUUAGCAGAUUUGUUGACACGUGAAAUAGAAGAACUACAUCAAUUAGAAGAAACAACUUUAACAAGUGAUUUAUGUCAAGGGUACUCUCUGAAAAUGCUAACUGAAUUAUUAGCGACAUUUUUAGAACAAGAGAAUAUUAAACAGCAAUAUAAGGGUAGAUUAGUUGGCGCAGUUCUGAACGGAUAUUUAUCUUUAAGACGAUUAGUGGUACAAAGAACUAGAUUAAUCGAUGAUACGCAGGAGAAACUUUUAGAACUUUUAGAAGAAAUGACUUCUGGAACGGAAGAAGAAACAAAAGCAUUCAUGGCAGUUUGUGUAGAAACUGUUCAAAAGUAUAGUCCACAUGAUGUAAGAACUCCUGUGUUUGUUUUCGAAAGACUUUGUUCAAUUAUUUAUCCUGAAGAAAAUGAUGUUGGCGAAUUUUUCCUUACUUUAGAGAAAGAUCCACAGCAAGAAGAUUUUUUGCAAGGAAGAAUGCUUGGAAAUCCUUACAGUAGUUUAGAACCUGGUCUUGGUCCACUCAUGAGGGAUGUUAAAAAUAAAAUCUGUCAAGAUUGUGAACUUGUAGCUUUGCUAGAAGAUGAUACUGGAAUGGAACUUCUAGUCAACAACAAAAUCAUUAGCCUUGACCUUCCAGUGAAAGAAGUUUACAAAAAAAUUUGGGUUCAUGAAGGAGGAGAAUGUGAUGCCAUGAGGGUUGUUUAUCGAAUGAGAGGUUUACUUGGAGAUGCUACUGAAGAGUUUGUUGAAACUUUAAAUGCUAGUAGUGAACAAGAAAUCAAUAAUGAAGAGGUUUAUAAAAUGGCCAAUGUAUUAGCUGAAUGUGGAGGUCUUCAAGUGAUGCUUGACCGCUUGGCUGCCAUUCAAGACAUAAGUCGUGCUCGACCUCUACUUCAAGUAUUAUUAAAAUUAUUCAGAUUGUCGGUAAAAGUAAAAAAGAAUCAAGAAGUUUUAAGUAGGCCUGAAUUAGGAGCAGUAACCGUUCUUUUAGAGGUUCUUCAAAAAUGUCUUCUUACUGAAUCUGAUAACACUCAAGCUAAAGUAACAGAACAGUUAUUAGAUAUUAUGGAAACAAUUUUAGCUAAUGCUACUUCUCAACCUAUAGAAUCGUUUGAAGAAUUUUCAAAAACCCUUGGAGGACCAGAACAUAUCAAAGCUCUUAUUUCUUGUACUCAAUCAGCCGCAGUAAGACAAAGCACAAAUGUUCUAAUUCAUCUUGCACGUGUUCUAGCAGCUCUUACUUAUGGAAACCAAGAGAAAAUGAGUGUCUUAUAUGAAUAUUUUAAGCCAGUACUCAAUUUUUAUGAAUUCGAUUAUGAACAUACACCAGAUGAUGAACAAAAAUUGGAACUAUUUUGCGUAUUAACUCAAGGAAUCGAAAGAAAUGCAAUUGGAAAUACAUUAAAAGACUAUUUUAUUAAUAUGGGAGUUGUUAAAGAUGCUUUUGAAUAUAUCACUGUCUAUGCACCUUGUGUAAAACCAACAUUACUGCGUACUGAUAGUGAUGAACUCAAAGAGUUUAUUUCUAAACCAGCACUUAAAUACAUCCUCCGUUUCUUAACUGGUCUAGCAACAGAUCAUGAGCCAACUCAACUUGCAGUAUCUCAAGUCACAAUAAGUAUAAUUCAUCGAUUGGAACAAGUUUCAUCAGAUGAGCAUGUAGGAUCUCUAGCUGAAAAUCUUCUUGAAGCACUUUGUACUAAUAAAAAGGUAGCCGAAUUGAUAGAAGAUGCUCGUCAGCAUACAAGAAGUGAAAAGAAACGUUUAGCAAUGGCAAUGAGAGAGCGACAAUUGGGUGCUCUUGGAAUGAGAACAAAUGACAAAGGCCAAGUUACUGCUAGUGGAACAAUUUUACAACAAAUGGAGGAUCUUGGAGACGAAACUGGGCUCAUUUGUGUUAUUUGUAGAGAAGGAUAUAAGUUUAAACCAAACAUGGUUUUAGGAAUUUAUACAUUUACUAAACGUUGUAAUAUUGAAGAAUUUGAAACAAAACAAAGAAAAACUAUAGGAUAUUCAACGGUAACUCAUUUCAAUGUCGUACAUGUAGAUUGUCAUAUGUCAGCAGUACGUUUAGCAAGAGCAAGAGAUGAAUGGGAAAGUGCUGCUUUGCAAAAUGCUAAUACAAAAUGUAAUGGAUUACUUCCUCUUUGGGGACCUUUAGUUCCGGAAUCAGCUUUUGCUAGUUGUUUAGCAAGGCAUAAUACAUAUUUACAAGAAUCAACAGGCCAUAGAGAUAUUUCUUAUACAUCAACAAUUCAUGAUCUGAAGCUUUUAUUGCUCAGGUUUGCUCAGGAAAAGAGUUUCCAUGAUGAUACUGGUGGUGGAGGACCUCAGUCUAACAUGCACAUGAUUCCUUACUUGGUACAUAUGGCUUUAUAUGUGAUGAACACAACUCGAUCUGGAGGUAAAGAAGAACAGCAGCUAUCAAACUAUUUAAGAUCUUCACCUACUUCAGCAUGGCUGGAUAGCUGUUACGAAGCUGAAGGGCCACUUUACCAAGCGACACUUUCUCUACUUGUGCACUCACCCACUCGUUGGGGAGAAGAAAGAAUUGUUCAUUUAAGGAGGCUUAUAAUUCUCGCUCAUCAACGUCAUAUUUCUCCUUCAGGUCCCACUAAAACUGUUUCAGACAUUACAGUCAAGGAUUAUUCAGUUUAUAAAAGCGUUUUUGUUUUCUUUGGUCUCAUUGAUGCCAUAUAUACAUUCUUUUUCAAAAGUGCAACUUCUUCAGUUAAGAUCACCUCUUCUCAACAAUGGUCGACUACUUUGGCUGAUUACAUUAGAGAGAAUGAUGAAGCCUUGAUGAAAUCCUCUGAAAAAGUUCUUGCAAAGUAUAGAGAUGAUUUACUACCGUGUGCGUCAUUUGACGAAUUUUGUGAUGUUGCUGGUCUACUUGAUGAUAUUUCGGAUCUUGCGUCAUAUAUAACAGAUAUGCUACGAGCACUUGCUUGAAAGACACACAAAGUCAUCUUUCCAGACUACAUUUGAUUAAAAAUAAAUUUAUGAAAAUUAAUAAAUUGUGACUAAUUGAAUUGGCUUUUUUAAAUAAAUAUAAACUAUUGUAAUGCCUUUUUAAAUGUAAUAAAACGCUCGAGUAUCAUCGAAAAUAGUAUUGAUGUCGAUGGUGAUUAUUGUCUUGAUUCUAAAAUAUUUCUGUGUAUUCGCCUUUUCAUUUAUACAUAGAUUAAAAUAAAAUAUAAAAAUUUGUGCUUAAAUAAAAUAUUUGCAAACAUGAUAAA